AUGGCCCGCGUUGCGCUCUCUCUGUCCUUCGUUUGCUGCCUGCUUGUCUUCGGCGGCCUCAGCCCAGUGUGCGGUGGCAAUGGCCUCGAUGCCGGCGACCCGCAGGUGCUCCAGGAGCUGUUGGCUGACCUCCAGAAUUUGCUCGCUCGGGCCGAGAAAGACCGUGGCACCUUCUUGCGUGCAGCUGAUGGUACGUAUGAACACGGACAGACGACUCUCUGUCUAUGUCUGUGCUUGCUGUUUGAGUGGUGCAGGAGACGGAUCGCGACCUAUGGCUGGCCCUAGCUCUGAUAUCAGUCAGGAAGAGCCCAUCGUCGUGGCUCCGAUCUUCGAGGGAGUGACGAGCGGCGUCACGCACGCGAAACGAAAAGCCGAGGUGAGUGAGUGAGUGAGGGCAGACCAGACAGAGCUGAUGCUGGUAUUUUGAUCGAAUGGUCUGCAAGUGGUGUUAUGUGAUGCGAUGUGUGGCUGCUUUCCUCUCCGCGGACCACCCACUGUUCACCCGACAAUGCAGGGUAUUGGCCAUCAAUUCACAUAGAGUGGCACAUACAUGGAUGAGUGCGUUAAUGUACGUGUGUUCCUCUCGGCUUCAGAUGCGACAGUGGAGGGCUGUACUGGACAACUAA